AUGGGCGAACGGGUGCUCGCACCCGAGGCCAAGGGAGGCGAGGGCGAGUGCGCCGGGGGUCUCGGUGGCCGGCGACGGUGGGAGCGGCGCCGGGCGCGGGGAGCAGCGGGGCCGCGUGGGGCCAGCGGCGGAGCAGCGUACGACAGCAGCGGCUGCACGCAGGGCUGGCCGACGCGGUCGGCGAGCAGGGGGUGUACGAGCACGGCCGGACUUGGAGCGCACGGGGUACGGGGCGGGGCGUGCUCGACCGCAAGGCAGAGACGGGGCGGAGGUGAGCACCGUGGGGGGAGACAGGAGGGGCCGUGCGGUGUGACGGCUCCGGCGGCUUGCGGCCGGUGGGAGCGAGGCGGUGCGGCGGAGCAGAUCAGCAGAGGGAGCAGGGGUGGCGAGCGGUCGCGGUGGCGCGGCGAGGCGGUCAGCGUGCGGGGCCGGCGACAGGGGCGCGGCGCGACGGGACGGAUGCGGCACGGGUCAGGCGACGGCGCGUAG